CAAUAUGCGAACAUCCAGGGAAGGUAAAUGUGUUCCUGGAAAUCAAGGUGGAGACAGUCUAACUUGGCAACGGUCUUGAGACACUUCUUAUUGGUGGCCCCUUUACGUGAGGUCUGAGAAAGCUGUGCCACAGCAGGGGUGUGAACAUCAACCUCGACGCCAAAAGCUGACAUACUGACCAUUGAACCUCACAUUGCGCCCAAAAGAGUUCUUCUUUGCCUGAUAAUGGACACAGAGGUCUCCUUGGCUUCUUUCCUGUGUCCCCUUUCUAAUAUGAGGAUUCUCAAGACGUGUUGACCCGCGCUUGGACAUAUUUGGCCAAGACUGCAGGCUCUUGUGCUUAUGCCUGUCUCAAAAAGGCUUGGUCACUGAACGAUUACAAUGGCAACAUUACAGCAGAUUCAGAGCAGUGAUACCAAGCCUCAAAGGAAGAGUCGUGCUGGAACGCCAAAAGUACGGACUGGCUGUCUGACGUGCAAGGAGCGUAGAGUCAAAUGCGAUGAGACCAAACCGGCUUGUCUCAGGUGUCUCAAAUUCUGGGGGAGAUGUGAGGGAUAUGCCGUUCCAAGAUAUCGUCCGAGGAGACCUAAAGAUGCUCCAAGACCCAUAGCGGACCCGACUUCUCGACCACUCCUUCCGCUCCUGAAGGACUCGCCUGGCACUCAAUCCUAUUUGGAUCCAAGCGACUUUCAACCUCUUCAUCGAUCAAUCGCAACCCAAUCCUUCAAAUCGCCCGACCACUACCAGUCUUAUGCACACUUCCUUGAGAAUACCAGCAACUCGCUUCCAGGCUUUUUCAAAUCGGAUCUGUGGAAAUGUCUCCUCCCUCAAGCAUCCUACGAUACCCUAUUCAUCUGCAGUGCGUUGAUCGCAAUUGGUGCUUUGUCAGGUUGUGGGCGGAAAUUCCAAGAGGACAAAUUUGCUACCAGUGGCAUGGUCAUCACACCCCGCUACCGAUUCGCACUCAGCCAGUACGGUACUGCCGUCUCACAGAUGCGAGAAAAUCUUGUAGCAGGCGAGAAAGGCUUGAACCAUGCCCUUAUAGCCUGUCUUCUCGUUGUCUGUUUCGAAUGUAUCCAAGGGAAUUAUUUCUCAGCACUCACACACAGCGUGAGCGGCCACAAAAUCUUCAAAGAUUGGCUCAAUUCGAAAAAUAAACAGCUGAUAACCGAAUCGUCAUCAUCAGGACCGAUGCAUCAGCCCAAAGGCCAUUUCAAUAUUGUUGUGGAGGAUGAACUCGUUGCUGUCUUUAGCCGCAUGGAUCUGCAGAUUAUGAGUUAUAUCGAUCCGAGACCUGCAUCGAUCCACAUGGAAAUGAAGAAUGAAGGCGAAGAAAGUGUCCAAAACAUGCCGGAUCGAUUCACAGACAUCCACGAGUCAAGAGUCUACUUAGAACUCGUCCAACGACGUACAUCACACUUCAUCGCUUCAACAGCAGGCAUGUAUCCCGCGCCAGAGAACGGGUCCUCAACACGAACGACACGUAUCGCUACCGGUACCGAGACAGGAACAGUAACUGUACGCCCGGAAUCAGAAACUCUGCUCCCGUCAUCAGCACCGCCUGCUUUACGCAUUGAAUAUUCAGGCUAUGUGAGCGAAUUGUUGAGGUGGUUCAAGGCCUUUACUCCGCUGUUCGAAAGCCUAGUAGAAGGCAGUCGAGAUUGGGUGGCAGCUGCUGUUCUGCAAAUCGAAGCCCAGACCCAUCAAGUCAUGCUGCUUUCCUCGUUCUCUUACCCGCUCGAUUACUUCACCCCUACGUACCGCUCAGUCGUCGAUCUCGCCGAGAAGAUAUCAGAUGAUCCUCUAUUCGCACAGCGUGAUCUGUAUAUGUUCGAUAUGGGGAUCGUGAAUCCGCUACGUCUUGUAGCGAAAUGGUGUCGUGAGCCAACCAUUCGGAGGAAAUGUAUUAUGCUGUUGAGGAAGACGAAGUGUAAGGAGGGACUCUGGGAUGCACUGUGUAUGGCUGCUGUUACUGAGUGGCAAAUGGAGAUCGAGGAGGAGUAUAUGGAUGAGAAUGGGAUUAUUCCCGAAGAAGCCAGGUGCAGGACUGUGGAUCUGAAAGUCGAUAAUUGGAAGAGGAGCCUGGUGGUAAAAUUGGCAAGGCUCGGGACUGGGGAGAUAAGAAGUACGGUCAUUGAAUGGUGA